UCAACGAAAGAAAAUGCUGAGAAAUCUGCGAUCCCGGCGACGCCCCCGUUACGGCGUAUUCGUGUGCGUCGUCGUUUCGUGUGUCGUUCUUCUGCUGUGGCUGUCCCUCCUCCACCGCCGCGGCGCCUCCGCCCACUCCUCCUCCCCCGUCAACUACGACUCCCUCGUCUCGGAUUCCGGCACCGACGACUUCUUCGCCGGCGAGGACACGGUGGACACGAUCGACGCGCUGGACGUGGUGGAGGACCAGCCGCAGGACUUGGUGGACGGCGACGACGAGGAGGAUUCGCUGGACCAGGACGCGGCGUCGUCGGGGUACUUCUUCCACCACGCGGAGGGCGUGAUCCGGAGGGCUUUCAGCAAGAGCUCCAUCGACGACGAGGAGAGGCCGUUCGUGGUGUUCGGCGCGGCGGAGGAUCGGAGCAGGACGGCGUUUGGGUCGGACGACGUGGCGGGGGAGGGGAAGGUGCGGUCGAAGGCGAUCGAGGUGAAGGGCGUGGAGGACGCUCUUCUGCUUAAGACGGUGAUGGGUCGGAGGGUUUCUCCCUUGAGGGAAGGUUGGGGCGAUUGGUUCGAUAAAAAAGCUGACUUUUUGAGGAAGGAUAAGAUGCUGAGGUCCAAUUUGGAGGGUUUGAAUCCUCUUCAUAACCCCAUUCUUCAAGACCCUGAUGCUGUUGGUCUCACUGGCUUCACCAAAGCUGAUAAAAUUCUCCGGACUUCCCUCUUGCAUGACCUCAGGAGGCUUCCCUUUCCCUCUCGGAAGAUCACUCAACAUCAUUCUUUAUAACCCUAUCUUUCCAAAUCCCUUUCAAACCUUGUAAAAACUACAGUCUACAGGAUUCAACUUUUACAUAUACAUCAUACUACCAUUAGUAUAGGUUGCUGUUUUAGGUGCAACUCUCAUCAAUUUUGCAUCACCUUUAGCUGGAAUUAAUUGUGUAUGUUACCUAGCAAUGAUGAUUGAAACUUUUAUUAAUUGUAUGUACUGGAGUAAUGCUCAUUUGAGCUUUUUCAUUUUUUCUGAGACUAGUUUGAAACCAGGUUUAUGUACCAUGCAAUGUGGAUGGAGUUUUGGAGUGUUACCCUUGCAUGUUUGAAAGCAUUAACGUGUCAGAUUCCAGUUAUGAUUCAUAGCUUCAUGUUGUAUGUAAAAUGUAAACAUUAUCA